AUGCGCAUUCACACGCCCGGGCAAGACAAAUUGGCGGACAAAAAUGAAUGCAAUCACGGAGACAAUAAGGGAUAUGCCCCUACCAGAGAUGAAACAGUGAUGCGCGAGAGGGAUUUGCCCAGAUCAGAAGAGGUGGGCGACUGUAUCGCCGAGCUGUUGUUGCUGGUUGACACAGACACACGGGCACUGCCCGGCCGGCAGAUAUUAGAGGGCCGCAUGAGCAUCGAUCGUGGUGGGGUGUUGUCGCCGCUACUGUUUGUGUGGCUGGCGGGCGCUGACAUGGGCGGGAUACCGCCUGUGUCCACCUGCAGGGGGCUGAUCGAUCGCAAGGCAGACUCGCGAUCGCGACGGGAGGGCGGCUGGGUUGCCACAAUAGGCUCCGAUGCCUUCUCUUCGCCUCCACACUCGCCCUCCUCAUCUUCCACGGCAUAA